AUGAGCGGGGUUGGAGGCACCUGCGGGCUCCGGCCCAUGGUGUUGAACGAGAGCUCCACCGUGCCCGAAUAUGGAUCCUCGGAUUCUGCCAAAGGAGGGACAAACCUCGAUGUCCCUCCAGGGGCCUGGCCUGGCAUCGCCAGCGUCCAGGUGACCAUGGAGAAUGGCACGUGGCACAUGUGCUCGGGGGCACUCAUCAGCCACUGCUGGGUCCUCACAGCUGCCAGCUGCUUCAGUGGGGCUGGGGCUGUCCAAGAGUGGAAGGUGGUGAUCGGGGCCACAGACCUGGCUGAGCCGGGCCCCGAGGCCGAGGUGUUCCAGGUCAAGCGGAUCCUGGUGCACCACGGCUACGUGGCCGCCACGGCCACCAACAACAUCGCCCUGGUGGAGCUGGAGCAGCCCGUGGAGUGCAGUGACUACAUCCAGCUGGGCUGUGUGCCCGACAGCUCCCUGGCAGGGGACAUCGGGGGACCCCUGGUGUGCAAGGACAUCGUCGGUGACUACUUCUGGCUGGUGGGACUGGCCAGCUGGGGCCAGGGCUGUGCCAGUGCCAGGAGGCCCGGGGUGUUCACGUCCACCCAGCAUUUCCACGCCUGGAUCCGCGCCCACACCGGCCCCAGCCCGGCGGCACCGACAGCGGCCCCGCGGCGCACCCUGAACUCGCCAGGGGAGCAGCCUGGCGUCAUCUCCUUCCCAAAAUCCGCCCUCAGGCGCUUCCUGGAGAGGCUGCAGGAGCUGCUGGAGCAGCUCAAGAACAGGACAGGGUGA